AUAAACAAUAAAAAGCCGUUUAUAAGAAGAGCAAGAUUGCAUUCUCACCAGGUGUGCAUGAGGCCUCUCUCCAGGAAGUGGGGUCUCGAAGUGACAAGGACUGAAGCCACAGACAGAGAACUGCUUGAAACAGAGAAGAAUGACACUGGCUCUCCCUCCCUUUUGGAGGAGCUCUGGUUCAGCCUGAGCCUGAUAACUCCCCUUCUUCAUAAAGACCCAUGAUUGGAGUUUGAUUACAAUUACUUUCUCAAUAGCCACUGCUCACAAGUGAAUUCCUAUACCUUUUUACCAGCACAGUCCAAAGGGGAGGGUCGCCUUGUGCAGGUUCCCUCCUGCCAACUGAAAACAAGGGUGAACACUAUGCUUGCCGUGGCCUGCGGGGAUUGGUCCGGAUUUAGUCCCAUCUGAGCUGACCACCUGUUGCUGUCCUUCACCGGUCCUGCCCUAGAAGCAGAGUAAGAAGAGACACUCAGCCCCCAAGGCUAGCACACAGGACGGGAACCCACUACCCCCAGCCAGCUUUCCUUACAGGAAAGGGUCUGUGUGAGAAGCAUACGAUGCCCCUCUGAGCUAUAAAUUCCUGCUUUUUGAGGAUCCUGGCCUCAGCAUGGCAACAGGGAACUUUGAGGUGAUGGACAGGGGUCUGGGCUGCCCAGAGGCCAUUGAGGAGCUGACCAUGUCAAUGGAAACAUCCAGGAAAGAAUCUCUGGAGGAGGAGGCAAAAGGUGGGGAGAAGGCAGAAAGUAGAGAAGAAACGAGCAGCCGGGAGCAGGGGCUGGCUGAGGAGGAGCAGAGCCCGGCCCCAGAGCAGGCCCGGUAUAAGACCUCGGAAGGUGACAGGAGGCCCUCGAAGAUGAAGGAGCACUCGGAGGGCCCAGCAAAGGAGAGAGGGAAGACAGCCGCAGCUCCUAAGAGUGCCCCAGCUAGGAAGAAAACCAAGGCCCAGUCCCAGCCCCAGGCAAAGCCACAGCCCCGGACCCUGGGGCCCAUGAGUGACGAGCUGCCUUGGGGAGAGAUCACCCUCAACAAGUGCCUGGCGCUGGCCUCGGUUGUGGCUGUCCUCAGCAUGGCCUUCCAAGUGUUCCAGGAUGUCAUUGAUGGCGAGGAGGAGGGCCCUGAGGCUGCCCCUGCCCUGUGGCCCUGGUCCGGCAGCAGCACCCCGAGGGACAGCGGACCCAAGCUGCAGCCCAAGGCCAAAGACUGGGCUAAGGCAUCAGCACCAGCCCCACCUCCAGGGCCCAAGGCCCCUGUGAAGGAGAGACCCAAGACUGCUGUGGUCAUGGAGGUGCCACCCAAAGAGCCCGACGACCCGGGGCAGGAAGCAGAGGGGAAGCCGAGCACAGCCCCAGAAGCAGCCAUCCUGCCUGAGGACCCUGGACCCAGCUCCAAGACAGCCAAGCCAUCCUGGGCGGCACUGCCCAAGAAGGAGGAGAAGGCCAGAAGCAAGAAAGGCUUCCGAGAAGAGAGGGCAGGGCCCCCGUGGCGGGAAAGGAAGGAGGGUGGCCACGGGCCGAGGCCACGCCGAGAAGAGGCUGAGGAGGCUCCACGUAGGCCCUGGGAGCAGGAACGGGAGCGAGAGCACAGGCACCCUGGCAGGCGAGAAGACUCCAAGAAGGUCCGGGAUGGAUCCAAGAGCAAGAGAGAAGAACAUCGGGGCCGAGGGGGGCGUGAGGGGCGAGAGGACAGGAAUAGGUUCUUCCCCAAACAGAAGCACCGAGAAGGGAAGCGGAGGGACUGAGGAUGCCCGAGGAGGCUGUCCCUGGCUCCCAGAGGGCACAGCCCUGCAGCCGGCAGCAAGCUCCUGGGUCCCAUUCACCUGUGCUGUGUGGCCCGGCCAUCCCACCCCUGUUGUCUCUGACUCUGAGGUCACCUUGGUUCAAAUCCUGGCUCUGCCAGUUACUAUCUGUGUGACUUGAGUAAGACACUUCUCUGAACCUCAGCUCCCCCUUCUAGAAAAUGAGGUCUGCCUACCACUGAGGCUUGACUGUGACCAUGGGCAGGCCACAGCCAGGGGUGGGGAUUGCUGUGAAGGUCUGAGGGCCAGUGUGUCGCCGCUGGUGGGGCUGCCCUGCAUCCCGCUCCCCCACCCCCUCACCCAGCCUCUCAGGCAGUGGGAGAGGUCCAGGCACACCUGAUCUGAGUUUAUUAAAGUGAAUAUUUAAAAAUAAACACCAUCA